CAGACUGGUCGGCCCAACGACUACUCGGCCCAACGAUAUCUCGGCCCAUUGACACCUCGGCCCCAACGGCUCGGCCCAAAUUUGAAGACACCUCGGCACAAGUAAAAGACAGCUCGGCCCAAGUAAAAGACAGCUCGGCCCAAACAAAUUUCAAUUAAAUAUUUCAAUAAUAUAUUUUUAUUUAUGCUAUUAUAUAGUUAUGAAUUGAAAAAAAGUUUAAUUUGAUACAUUAACAAUCUUCAAAGACGGCAAAUAUUGACGAUAAUCAAAGAAAGAUAACCCAUAAACAAUUUCAUUAAGUGCUAAUCAUUAAACAAACAAGAAGUAGCGGUGCAUCCUUUCAAGUCUCAAGCGCGUGUCAUAUGGGGUGGUGACUAUGAGGAGUUAAUUACGAGGAGGCAUAAUUGGGAGAUGAUAAUAAUCAUUGGAAGACUAUAUAUCCUUACAAUGAUUACCAACCCAUAUCAGAUGUUCCACAUCGUCAGAAAAACGGCACACCAUGACAGAUUCCCGCUGCAUUGUGUGCACCACAGAAGUGAGACCAAGACAAGAGGCUGUUCAGUGCGACAGAUGUGAAGCCUGGCAGCACAGAACCUGCGAAACUGGUAUUACCAGACAGCAGUACAGGAGGGUCAACAAAGGACUCGAGACCCUUGAUUUCACAUGCAGCAACUGUUCACAGCAGGAACCAGUCCCUGGACCAGAUGAAUGUGCAGAAGUGCAGACAUCAGUUUCCUUUGCCCAUGUUUUAGAGAGCACUAGAGUUAGUACUGGUACGUUGCCAUCACUGUUGGAUGAUCUCUCCACAGUGGAGACCCGAGACGGAAGCAGCACAGACCAUUCAACUGAAGAGGGAGACACGACUGAUGAUGGGCCUGUUCAGCAGUUCACUCCGCAGCCUCCUGUGAACGAAUCGACUGUGUUAGAGAACCCGCCAACAGAAAACAGUCACUUGGAUGAAACAGCAUUACCAGUAACGUACCAGGUGGUGGAGGGGGCCACGAUAAGGAUGAAACCCAAACUGGUGGACAACAGAGGCUUCUCGUACACAGUAAAGCGAAAGAAUGAGGAGAAGACAGACUGGCGUUGCACUAAACGAUCCAAGAAUCUCCAGUGCCCUGCAACUGUCAGACAACAUGGAGAUGCCUUCGUUGAGGGACUGCAACCCCAUAUCCAUGGGCCAACUGUAGGGACAGCAGCCGUUGCAACUGUGGUUUCCCAGAUAAAGAAGGCAGCAAAAGACAACCUCUUUGCACCAGCAUCUCAACUAGUCAACAGGGCUGUUCUUGAUGUAAAUGAAGAUCAACCAUUACCCCUUCCCCAGCUGCAGUCCCUCAACAGAAUGGCCAAUCGAGUGAGAGAGAGUUCCCGUCCAGCAGAUCCCACCAGUUUGGACUUCGAACCGAUCGAGGAAUUCAUCAACAAGGUCCAUGAUGGGUUUCUGAGGGGAGACGUCUGGGUUGGACAGCGGCGGCACCUGCUGUUUGCAACCGAUGCACAGCUCCACCUCCUAGGACGUGCCAAAUCCUGGUACAUAGAUGCCACCUUCAAGGUAGUCAAGGAGCCCUUUUCCCAGCUUCUGUCAAUUCACAGUUUUGUGAAAUCCAGCGAGGGGAACUACAAACAGCUACCACUCCUGUUUGUUCUGAUGUCUGGAAAGAAGAAGAAGGACUACAAGGCAGUCUUCACAGCAGUCAACGACCUCCUUCCUACCAUGUCCAUGCAGGAGAUCAUCCUAGACUACGAGAUGGCCAUGUGGAAAGCUGCCCAUUCCAUCUUCCCCACUGCCACAGUACGCGGAUGCGCCUUCCACUGGGGUCAAGCAGUUUGGCGGAAGAACAAAUAA